AUGGAGGUGGUCACGGGUGUCAUGAGAAGCCUGCUCCCCAAACUUGGUGAGCUGCUCAUGGAUGAGUACAACCUUCACAAGCGCGUCAAGAAAGACAUCCGCUUCCUCUCCAGGGAGCUAGAGAGCAUGCACGCUGCCCUCCUCAAGGUUGGUGAGGUGCCACGGGACCAGCUCGACAAACAAGUGAAGCUCUGGGCCGAUGAGGUCAGGGAGCUCUCCUACAACAUGGAGGAUGUUGUCGACAAGUUCCUCGUACGUGUUGUUAGCAAUGACAUUGGUGCCAACUCAGAUGGUUUUGUGAGGCUCAAGAAGAAGAUGGUUAGCUUGUUCAGGAAGGGCAAGAAUCACCAUCGGAUUGCCGACGCGAUAAAGGAUAUCAAAGAGCAAAUCCAGGAGGUGGCUGCUCGGCGUGACAGGAACAAGGUUGAUGGUAUUUCGCUUAAGCAUACAGGGGCAGCAACUAUUGAUCCUCGCGUCCAGGCUCUGUACACUGACAUGACAAAGCUUGUGGGCAUAUAUGGGAAUAGAGAUCAAGAGCUCAUAAAAAUGCUCUCAUUAGGGGAUGAUGACGUCUCUAAGAAGAAACACAAGAUAGUACUCUCAAUUGUUGGGUUUGGAGGAUUGGGCAAGACUACUCUCGCCAAAGCAGUCUACAACAAAAUCAAAGGGGGUUUUCAUCGGCGGGCUUUUGUUUCGGUGGGUCGAAAUGCCAAUGUGAAGAAGGUUUUCAGAGACAUCCUCAUUGAUCUUGGCAAGUCUAACUCAAAGAUCCUGACAUUAGAUGAAAGACAGCUUAUUGACGAGAUUCUGAAAUGCUUCAAGAACAAGAGGUACCUUGUUGUAAUAGAUGAUAUAUGGGAUACAAAUCUAUGGGAAAAGUAG